AGGAGGUUGACGCGGUGCCGGGGCGGAUGCUCGCUCGGCUCCGGGGGUUCAGGGGCUUUUUCUCUCUCUCUUCCAGCCCCCCGUUGGGUUUAGGAGGCGAAAAUGGGCCGGAAAAAAAUACAGAUCAGCCGAAUACUGGAUCAGAGGAACCGACAGGUGACCUUCACCAAGCGGAAAUUCGGGCUGAUGAAGAAGGCCUACGAGCUGAGCGUCCUCUGCGACUGCGAGAUCGCCCUCAUCAUCUUCAACAGCACCAACCGCCUCUUCCAGUACGCCAGCACCGACAUGGACAAGGUCCUGCUCAAGUACACGGAGUACAGCGAGCCCCACGAGAGCCGCACCAACUCCGACAUCCUCGAGACGCUGAAGCGCAAGGGGCUGGGGCUGGAGAGCCAGGAGCUGGAGCUGGACGAGGGACCGGAUCCUGGGGAGAAGGCACGAAGGUUGAGCGAGGGCAUGGACCUGUCGGUGGCACGGCCGAGGUUUUACAGCCCCGUUCCUCUGCCGGAGGCAGCUUAUGGCAGCUCCCCGCCGGCCACCGAUGGAUCCCUGGGCAGUGCCAGCAGCUCCCCACAAGGUCCAGGACGCCCCCCCACCUUCAAACCAGCAGCUCCGAAGCCACCGGGACGUUCACCGGGACCGUUGCCACCAGGUGGGCUCAGACCCCUCACCCGGGGUGGGGGGGAAGCUGCGGGGAGAAGCUGCUUCCUGCGCCCUCACGGCACCCGGCACCCGGUGCUCAGCUGGUCCUGGCACCACGGGCACCCCCACGGCCCCCUUGGCACCACAGGCACCCCCAAGCCCCCCCCGCCGCUGUACCUGGGGGCCGAGGGCCGGCGGGGGGAAGCCCACGGCAGCGUGGCAAGUGGCCGCAGCGGUGGCAGCGCGGGGCGGCCCCUGUACCCCACCCUGCAGACCCUGAGCCCCGUCCUCCCCCCGGGCAGCGCCGGCGUCACCAGCCACAGCCUCAGCGGCUUCCCCUUCCUCGCCCCGGCACAAGCGGGUAAGGUCAGCAGCCGGAUCGUCCCCACGGAAGACCCCCCCGGUGCCUCCCCCCAGCACCAAACCAUCAGCAUCAAGUCAGAGCGGGUCUCCCCGGGGCUGGGCUGUCCCUCGGGCACCCCCCAGGAGGCCCCUCUCUCCCUCUUCCCCCCAACCUGGUGUCCCUGCCUUCCUGCCGAGCGUCCCCCCAGCAUGGCGGAGAUGCUGGCCGGGGAGCUGUCCCAGUAA